AUUUCGCAGACACUUGUUCUGGAAGCCCUCAACCAGCUUGGUCAUCUAGCCAUGGUUAAGGAAUCGAGGGCUCGCCACCUGGAGAACUAUUUGAUCAUGCCCCCUCAUUCCAACCAAAUCCGU